CGGAAGAGCCACCUUCAGAAAGUAGUGGGUGCGUUCCCUUCCGCUACGGAAAGGAAAUCGUGAGCGGAUGCCUUGGCGAGGAAGGGAAGGUAGAGACAUUUGAGUUGGCGGGAGAGGGAGGAGUGAAGUUUAAGUUGACCCUGAGCUACAGAUGGUGUGUCUCCGAAGUGGACGAGAAUUUGAAUGCCAGGAAGAUUAUAAGGUGUCCGGAAUUUGCUCUGCCACCCAUGGGCGCCGCGACUACGCCUACCGGUGAGGCAGUGACUGGACUGUGUGUUCCUUUCCGAUACGGAGGGGAAAUUGUGAGCGAAUGCAUCGGCGAGGAAGGGAAGUGGGAGGUAAUUGAGGUGGAGAGAGAAGGAGGAGUGACAGACAGCUGGACAGUGAAAGGCAAAUGGUGUGCCGCAGAAGUAGACAAGAAUAUGGAUAUCGUAUCAGUUAUACAGUGCCCAAUGGAGCAGUGCGUUCCCUUCCGAUACGGAAAGGAAAUCGUGAGCGGAUGCGUCGGUGAGGAAGGGAAGGUGGAGACAUUUGAGUUGGCGGGAGAGGGAGGAGUGAAGUUUAAGUUGACCCUGAGCUACAGAUGGUGCGUCUCCGAAGUGGACGAGAAUUUGAAUGCCAGGAAGAUUAUAAGGUGUCCGGAAAUGGCUCAGUGCUAUAAACUUAAAGGAGUGUUACCUUCAAUAAGUUCCAGUGAAUCCCCAAGUGAGAAUGUGAACCUCAUGUGUGAUCAUGUUGACAUUUGUGGUUUUGACCAUGCACUUAACUUCCAGCGAACCCCAGGUGAGAAUGUGAACCUCUUAAGUGUAAUCAUGUUGACAUUUGUGGUUUUGACCAUGUACUGGUGCCAGUCGUAUCAUGUGUCCACGGCUGCGUUCCCUUCCGAUACGGAGGGGAAAUCGUGCGAGGAUGCCUGGUGA